AAACAAUGCGAAUUGUAAAGUGUAAAGUGAAGACUGUAAACAUGGCGCUGUGUCAACAUCCCUGGCCGGAGGAAAUAGACGUCUUUACUGGACCUCACCUGCGAAUGAAGCAGCUUGUUUAUGAAGCUUUAGAGAAGCUCUCAGUCACCAACUUUAAAGACGAUGUCUCCCUCAUUGGACUUUUGGGGUGUAUCAACUCCACCUUUCAAGAACUGAAACAUCAUGAGGAAAUUGAAAAUACUUGCAUUUUGAAAGUUCUACAGCAUCGUCUGAUAAACAAACAGAUUCAGGCUAUUGUGCGGGAUGUUCACAAAGACAACCAUGUUUUGGAAAUUUUGUCACUGGCAAGGAAAGGACUUAAGAGUGCAUCAAAAAGCAAAAAUAAUUUGAAUAGGAGAACAUUUGAAGACAGACUCAAAGGAGCUUUGGAAUCAUUUCAAAGAGAUUUCCUUCCCCACAUGAGGCAUGAAGAGGAGGUUUUCCAGCCAUUGCUUGUUGAAUACUUUUCAUUUGAGGAAUUGAAAGAAAUUAAAGCCCAGGUUCACCAUUUGCACUCUGCUUUUACUGAGCGUUCCAGUUCCCACGAAGCAGGGCCUCCCCCUCUCUCUUCACCAAUUAACAAGUUUGGUGGUGAAAAUUAUGAAAAUUCUGACAGUGGGGAUGACAAAUCAUCAGAAGAAGAAACCAACUCAACUGUCAUUGAACAUUCAUUAAAAGAAAGUAUUUGCUUAAAAUCAGGCAUGUCCACAGACAAUUUUAAGACUCUUGGAAACAAUCACAUAAAAAAGACUCUGAUAGCUGAGUUUGAUGUUGUAACUGAAAGAGAACAGCCAUUACUUCUGAGUUUUCCACCUGAAAUCAUGCUGAAGAUUUUCUCCCACCUGGGCCCCAAAGACUUAUGCCAUUGUGCCCAGGUUUGUCGGCAAUGGUCACACUCUGCUCGAGAUGGUGAGUUGUGGAAAGAGCUUUAUCCUGUGCGCUGGAUCUUUAAAAAUGAUUGGCGGUUUGGUGCGGAUACUGAAGACAUGUGCUCUUGUAACUGUGAUUCAGAGUUACCAAGUUAUGGAUAUGAUGACAGUUCUUUUACUGACACAGACUUGGACAAGGAAGGGUCCAGUGACACUGAAUCCAGUUAUGAGACAGACAGUGAUUGUGAGAGACACACAGAAAUACAUCAGCUGCUGGGUCUGGUGCGGUACCUUUUACCAAUGAUUGGUCCAUCUGUGUGGGUGUUAAAGCUUGGCUGUUGUCCAAUGUUGAGUAAUGGUCUGGCAUUCAAGAUUUUGUCUCAAUGUCCCAAUCUAAGGAAGCUUGAUUUGUCUCAAACUGCAGUGUCAGACUUGGGUUUGAAAGGAUUGUUUCGAAAGGGUGGUGGCUUACAGUUGCAACAUCUUGAUGUAUCUGGCUGUAAAAACAUCACAGACAAAACUUUGUUUAAAUUGUCUUCAUCACUGGGUAAACUUCCAGUUGGAUCAGGAAUUUCUGACAUUGAGGAUAGCAGUUGUGACUGCCAUACAUUCUGUUCUUGUGGCAAAUUGAUAAGUACUGGUAUCAAUCCAGAGACUGUUAAAAGAGGGCUUAUCUAUCUUGGAUUGUCAGGCUGUUACCAGAUUACUGAUGCAGGUCUCAGGGCAUUGGCAAAGUAUGGAGGACUUCCAAAGCUCAGGCAUUUGGACUUAUCAGGCUGCUUACAUGUGACAGCCGAAGGACUUUUGGACUUGGUUUUUGUUUGUCCGGCAUUGGAUCAUACAGAGUUUUUCUAUUGUGAUAACAUCGAUGAGGGUCCCUACCCAGAGACGGCCAGUGGAUGCCAAAAUCUGCAGUGUAAAAAUCGGGUCUGUUGCCGUACUGGGGAGUAGUACAUUGCAUAUUCAUAAUUAGCUCGAAAAUGUACAUCUCUGGACUGAUCUUGCAAGAAUUUUGAUGUUAUAUAUGUUGUUGUUAAUAGUUAGUUCAUUAGUGAGAACUCUCAUGUUGGUAAUUUUGCUGCAAGUACCACUGACAGAGAUAAAUUAUAUUGACUUUGACAACUGUUGUUUGUGUGAUACCAAGUCUACAUAAAUUUUUGGGUGGAAACUGCCAUGGUGGUAGUUGCAGUCUUGUUAUAUUGAAUUGUUUUGUUUUCUUUCACAGGUCCAAAUUUAUUGCUAGUGUAACUAGUUAGGAAUUAAAUUUUUUUGUUUUGUAAACCAAACGCUUAUGGGAGUGGAUUUCAAAUAAAGAUAUCAAUUUUGGUUCACAUUUAUUACAAUUGUGAAAAAAAAAUGUGAUGAUUUAUUUGAUUAGCCAACCAAGAACAAGCUGACUCAAAGAAAAAGGUGUUAAGCAAAUGUAGACAUUAGUAGUAACACUUACAAGGAGGAAGCUAAUCAGAUUUGAGUAAAACAAACUAAAACAGGUUUGUUUGUAUAUCCGAAACUUUAUUGUAAUUCAGGUCAGUACAGUAUUAAUCUGUCUAAAUCAGAUAAAAUUGUUCACCAUUUUUUGAGUUCAAAACAUGAUUAAGAAAAGAGGAGAGAAAAGAACUGAGUGAAAACAGCUGACUCUAAAAAGUAAUGCAAUUUUAAGUUAGUGCUCUUUUAAGUAGUAUAAAAGACAAGCUAAAGGCAUGUGAUAGUCAGGAAUAGUUGUGAUACCAAUUGUGAGAUUAAAUGUGUACAGUUAA